AGACUUCUAUCAUUACGGGCAUCAAGAAGCGGCUGUUGCGUACCCUUGGCCGAAAGCUCAGGAAAUGAUGCGAUCAGCCCGAAAAAGAUCAGUCCCAGAUGUUCCGAUGAGUCUUGAGGGCUUAAGGAACAUACUGCUCUUCCAGAGUUUUGGAGAAAAAUUUCAGUGUCAUGACGGACAAAGAAUUUGCAAAGCCAUUAUUAACAACGGCAAUGGGACAAGCGUUGUUUUAUAUUGCAGCAGUGUUAUAAAUGACAUGUUGUCCCAUGAAAACACCGAAAUUGCUCGACAUGCUGAAAUACAUGCUGAUGGAACAUUUAAGGUAGUUCCAUCGGUACCUCAGGCCCGGCAACUGUUCGUAAUCCAUGUGAUGUUCCAAAACCAUUCGGUCCCUGUGUGUUUCGCUUUAAUGGAAAAGCGGAGUAAGUUAGCAUACAAAGAAGUCAUCACACAUUUCAAAGAAAAUGUAGCACCAACUUUAGUACCAGCUACUAUUAUUACUGACUAUGAGCAACCUUUACAAAGUGCUUUUGAGGAAGUGUACGGAAUGUCAGCUACAGGGUGUUUUUUCCAUUACUCUCAGGCGGAAUGGAAGUAUAUGCGAAAACACAACUAUCUUGUGGUUAUUAACACGAACCAGGAUGCCCGUUGUGUUUUAAAAAUGUUAAUGGUGUUACCACUACUACCAGCUGCAGAAAUUGAGGAAGGACUCACGGACAUAAAAUAUUUUGCAAGGGCCCGACAAAUUAAUUUGUCACGCCUAAUUCAAUACGUCAAAAGAUUCUGGAUGAGAAGGAUCGGCGUGGACAGGAUAUCAGUAUCUGGGCUUCCAAGAAGAACAAACAAUAAUAUCGAAUGUUUUCACAACCGGCUCAAAGACAAAUUUAAGAAAGCUCAUCCAAACAUUUGGAAAUUUUUAGAAUAUGUGUGUACAGUAAUUAAGAGUACACAUAUUUUAAUAAGGCAAAUAAAUCAAGGACAGAAAAUUACAAGAAGCAAAAAGUGCAAAUUUAUAGCUGCAGAUGCAGCUAUCAAAGAUGCCCAGCGGCAGUUCUCUAAUAGAGAAAUUAGCCGCAUCCAGUUUCUAAAAAUCUGCUCCCACAGCGUAGAGGGAACAGAAGGAAGACUACGUCACUGGGCCCUCUACGUUGAAGGUGAUGAAGAUUUAUCCAGCGAAGAAAAUGGUCCCUUAGUGCCGUCGUCUGAGGAAGAUGAAUCUCCUUCUUAUUCACCUCUCCAGUCCCCUGAACCUUCUUCAAACCAAUCAAUUCAUUCUCCAUCGAUUUCCCCAUUACGUCUAUCACCUUUCGAUUCACCUUCUGCUUCUAGAUCGAAUUCUCCUUUACCUUCCACGUCUAGAGGUCAGACGACGAGAUUUCAACUAUCUUCCGACGACGAAGACGAUAUCACAAAUGAAUCUGGUGUAUGCGCAGUAUGUUGGCAAAAGACUGCAAGUUUUAUAUUUUGGGACUGCAGGCAUGUGGCAGCCUGCGAAGUGUGUGUCUCUCAGUAUACUGUGUCUGAUGAUGAAAGUACAGCAACAAGAUGUCCAGUCUGUCGGAGGAGAAUUUCUGUUCUUCCAAAAAGAGUUUUUUUUUUUUAAUAAGUAGUUUCUUUAUAUUGUUUGUCAUAUUUAUUUUACUAAUACUAGUUUACGAGUAUUUUAUUUCUGUAUUUGUUUUUUUUUUCAUAAAAUAUAUUUCAUUUUACAAUGA